AUGAUUAUUCUUGUGCUAGAAUUGGAAAAAGAUCGAUUUCUGGUUCAAAGAACUAAUAAGGAAGCCGAGGCUGUCUUUGACGAACAUGUUUCUGGUCGAGCUGACUGUAUCUUCACUCAACGCUACAAGCCACAAUCCUUCAUCAUUGAAAAAUCCUGCGCUGGAUCCCUCGAUGAUCUUGAAGAAGUGAUCUUUUCGUACAUGCUCGACUUUGGAAUUGACAAUGUUCGAGGAGGACAAUACAAUGAGCUUUUCUUUACGAAAGAACGACACUUGCAACUGAAGAAGAAAAUUGGAACACGAUUUGAUAAGUGCUUUAAUUGUCUGGGUAAUCACAGGAUAAGAAAGUGCGCGAAGCCGAUUGAAAUUGAUGAAGAGUUGAGGGAGAUGGUUCAAGAAAUCUUUGAAGGGGACUCGUCAGGAGACGAAAAAAUCGACCCAAAAGAUCUCGACGAAGACGAACGUCUGGCUCUACGAAUGCAAAUGGGUGUCGAUGAUGGUUACGAACGGGACGAGUCCGGCAACUGCUUUAUUGUCUGUGUUCUUGUGGCUUUCUUUGUUCUUGGAUUCUAUUUGUUCAUUUAUCUGAUACUCACAAGAUAUGGAGGCAAGAAUUUGAAAAUCUCGUUCAAAACUGGGCGCGUUUAA